AUGAGUCCCACAUCUGCAUCAGCUCAGCCUGGACCUGUGUCUUCAGGCAAGACAACAUCGAAUGUCACAGUCGAACAUUGCGAGCUCGUCAAUUCCGAACAGAUUGCUACAGACACCACCCUCCCAGGUCUUCCAGUCGUUCAAGUGACACCCAUCCUUCGUGGAACUGUCGAGUUCGAAGCCAAGCGCGCUGCUCUUCUCGAAGCAUUCGCUGCCAAGGUUCCCCAGGAAUUUCUUCUUCCAGAACAACUCAUUCGAAACCCUCCAAAAGAUGUAUCAACCAUUCCCGCGGCAUGUGGUAUCUUGUCACAAGAAGAGCUUGAGAUCACCGAGCAUGAUGCCGUUGGUCUUGUUAAUGCAAUCGCAAGUCGAAAGUACAGCUCUGUCGCUGUCGCACGAGCCUUUUGCAAGCGCGCCAUCAUCGCGCAUCAGCUCACAUGCUGUCUGACCCAGUGGUACAUGGACGAAGCCAUUGCCCAAGCCGAGAAGCUAGAUGCCUACUUCGAGCAGCACGGGAAGCCUGUCGGUCCUCUGCACGGUCUUCCUAUCAGCAUCAAGGACCACAUCCAAGUGGCUGAAACAUACUCCUCUGAGGGUUGCUUCGCAAGCAUCAACUACGAUAGCAUAGACGCCGAUAUUGUGGCGAUCUUGCGUAGUCAGGGUGCUGUGAUUUACUGCAAGACCAAUCAACCGCAGUCAAUGAUGCAUUUGGAGUCGGAUUCGCAUUGGGGAAGAGUCCUGAACCCGUUCAAUAUUUAUCUGACUGCAGGAGGCUCGACGGGUGGCGAGGCAGCCUUGGUCGCUAUGAAGGGCUCGGCGCUCGGCAUCGGUACGGACAUUGGCGGGAGUAUUCGAGGACCGUCCUCGUUUUGCGGUAUCUAUGGCUUCAAAGCAACAUCGAACACAUUGCCCACAAGAGGAUAUGUUACAGCCCCGCCUCCGUCGGUAUUGAACGUGCCCGUCUCGACAGGGCCCAUGUGUCGAUCGUUGAGGGAUAUGGAUCUCUUCAUGAGAUGCACUCUGUCGGCAAAGCCAUUCCUCUCUGACCCGACUGUGAUUCCUCUUCGUUGGACUGGCCUCGGCACAAGGUUCAAUCAGCGACUCAAAGUAGGCAUCAUCAGUAACGAUGGCUUCAUCGAGCCCCAACCUCCCGUGAAGAGGGCUGUGUCGUGGGCCAAAGCUAUGCUAGCCGACAGCAAGUACGCUGACUUGGUCGAGGUGAAAGACUUCAAGGUAUUGGGCGCUGAGGAAGCUUGGAACCUCAUUCGGAGACUGUACUGGCCAGAUGGUGCUCUAUACACCAAGAAGGGCAUCAUCUCGUCUGGUGAACCCGUUCAUCCCCUCACAGAAUGGAUUGCUCGAGACGGCGAACCGUUGGGUAUGCAAACAGCGGUGGAUGUAUGCCGCCAGCACAAGAUACGGGACGACUUCCGUCUGUCGUUCGCGCAAAGCUGGACCGAUCAAGAUGUGGAUGUUAUUAUCGGCCCGUCAUUUGUUGGUCCGGCGUGCGCCCACGAUACGGCCCUGUACUGGACGUACACCUCUCUGUAUAACAUCGUGGACUACCCCGGGGCGGUGAUUCCGACGCCCAUUAGGGCUGAGUCUGGGGAACGAUACGAAGACGGGUAUGCGCCGUUGAGCGAGGCUUGCCUAAGGGUGAGGAAGUUGUGGGACGAGGGCGAUUUCGCGGGCGCGCCCGUGAAUUUGCAGGUCGUAGCGCGGAGGCAUCACGAUAACGAGCUUUUCGGGGCGCUAAAUGUGCUGAAGGACGUGUUUGGGUUGGUUUAG